AUGAGGUUGAUAAAAGUAGCAACUUGUAAUUUGAACCAAUGGGCAAUGGAUUUUGAUUGCAACAUGAAGAACAUUAAGGAAUCCAUAACCAAGGCUAAGGAAGCUGGAGCAGUCAUUAGGCUGGGCCCUGAACUUGAAAUCACUGGAUAUGGCUGUGAAGAUCACUUCCUUGAACUUGACACUGUCACUCAUGCGUGGGAUUGCUUGAAAGAGCUUCUGUUGGGUGAUUGGACUGAUGGGUUAUUGUGUAGUUUUGGGAUGCCUGUCAUCAAGGACUCUGAGCGUUACAAUUGCCAGAUUUUGUGUUUAAACCGAAAAAUUGUCAUGAUACGUCCAAAGAUGUGGCUUGCAAAUGAUGGCAAUUACCGGGAACUGAGGUGGUUUACCGCAUGGAAGCAGAAAGACCAUUUGGAGGACUUUCUGCUUCCUCCUGAAGUUUCUGAGGUUUUGUCACAGACCACAGUUCCCUUUGGAUAUGGUUACCUUCAGUUUUUGGACACAGCUGUUGCUGCUGAAGUCUGUGAGGAGCUUUUUUGUCCUAUGCCUCCACAUGCUGAGCUGGCUCUGAAUGGAGUUGAAGUAUUCAUGAAUGCCAGUGGAAGCCAUCAUCAAUUAAGAAAACUAGAUGUUCGACUGCGUGCAUUUAUAGGAGCUACCCAUACCCGUGGGGGAGUUUAUAUGUAUAGUAAUCACCAGGGAUGCGAUGGUGGCCGCCUUUAUUAUGAUGGAUGUGCUUGUAUUGUUGUUAAUGGAGAUGUGGUUGGACAAGGCUCACAAUUUUCUUUGAAGGAUGUGGAAUUAGUGGUUGCUCAAAUAGAUCUAGAUGCGGUUGCUAGUCUCAGAGGAUCCAUAAGUAGUUUCCAAGAACAAGCUAGCUGUAAGAGGAAAAUUUCAUCAGUAGCUGUACCUUUUAAGCUUUGCCAAUCUUUUAACAUCCAAAUGGCUCUUUCAAGUCCACUUAAGAUUAGGUAUCACUCCCCUGAAGAGGAAAUAGCUUUUGGUCCCGCUUGCUGGUUGUGGGAUUAUUUGAGGAGAAGUGGCGCCUCUGGAUUUUUGCUUCCACUUUCUGGUGGGGCCGAUAGCUCUUCUGUGGCUGCUAUUGUCGGCUGCAUGUGUCAGCUGGUUGUGAAAGAAAUUGCGAGUGGUGAUGAACAAGUCAAAGCUGAUGCAAUUCGCAUCGGCAACUACACCUCUGGCCACUUUCCAAGUGACAGCAAAGAAUUGGCUAAACGCCUUUUUUACACUGUGUUCAUGGGAUCUGAGAACAGUUCUGAAGCAACAACAACACGUGCUAAAGUGUUGGCGGAUGAAAUUGGAGCGUGGCAUCUCAAUGUUAGCAUUGAUGGGGUCGUUUCUGCCCUUCUAACUUUAUUUCAAACUCUCACCGGAAAGCGACCCCGCUAUAAGAUAGAUGGUGGAUCAAACAUUGAAAACUUAGGACUGCAGAACAUUCAAGCUCGAAUCAGAAUGAUCUUGGCAUUCAUGUUUGCAUCAUUACUGCCUUGGGUCCACAAUAAACCAGGAUUUUACCUUGUUCUUGGAAGUUCCAAUGUGGAUGAAGCAUUGCGUGGUUACUUGACUAAGUACGAUUGCAGCUCAGCAGAUAUUAAUCCAAUUGGGAGCAUCAGCAAGACUGAUCUCCGUGCAUUCUUGAAGUGGGCUGCUAUUCAUCUUGGUUAUCCAUCACUAGCGGGAAUUGAGGCUGCUCCUCCAACAGCUGAAUUGGAGCCAAUCCGAGCCAAUUACAGUCAGCUGGAUGAGGUGGACAUGGGAAUGACUUAUGAAGAACUCUCAGUAUAUGGAAGAUUACGGAAGAUUUUCCGAUGUGGUCCUGUAUCCAUGUUUAAGAACCUCUGUUUUAAAUGGGGUGCGACUCUUUCCCCGUCGGAGGUGGCCGAUAAAGUGAAGCACUUCUUCAAGUAUUAUUCCAUUAACAGACACAAAAUGACUGUUUUAACGCCAUCUUAUCAUGCUGAGAGUUAUUCACCCGAAGACAACAGGUUUGAUCUUCGCCAAUUUCUAUAUAACGCAAGGUGGCCGUAUCAGUUCCGCAAGAUUGACGAACUCGUGCGUGAGUCGGAUGGUGAUAGAGUUGCUGCGGCAAUUUCAACCUCAGCUGGAAAUGAGAAUGUGAAUGUUACGAGGGGAGGGGGCAUGGGUGUUGUGGCUGCAGGAUCCGGAGAUCCAAAAGCUGGGUUUUAA